GUUGUUCGGUCACAUCCGGUGUCAAUGUAAACUAAACUUGUCUGGUUUGUUUCAGGAGUAAUUGUGGUCUGACCGUUUCUUGUUUGUCACGGUUUGAGAAGAGAUUCAUUAUGGCUGACAAUAACGUUGAACACGAUGCACUCACACAUCCUGGGGCUCCUGAAACAAAAGGUUCUGUUUACCUAAGAUCAGACCAUAUGAAUUAUGGAAGAGCAACGCUUGUUACAAAUUGGGACCAAGCACGUGAGGCUGAGGUAAAGGAUUACGAUUUCAACAAGGCUGAGGUUCGAGAUUUUUCCAGGUCAACUUACAAAAGACUUGGCAAUGUCACUGAUGGGUCGUUUCCCCUCACCACAUACCAAGAUCACACAGAACAACUGCGGCUCAAGAGAUACUACGAGGAACAGGACGUCCGUAAACCGAUCCUUGAUGCGGACACAGUGAAACAUGCUGUCAUUGACAGAGACAUUGGCACCCCGAAGAAAGGCUAUGGGUCAAUUUUACCUCACCAUCACCCAGACCACAAUAAAAUGUAUCUGGAGACAACACACAGAACCGACUUCAAGCCCCCGUAUCCUUACACACCAAAAGAGGAAACAAAACACGUGGACAAGCCUGUUGAGUUACCCGACCACACGUUUGCCAACAAGAAGUGUAAUUCUCAGUUCACGGACACGGCCGACUGGAGGCGACCAGGGCGGAACACGUGGCAGGACGAGACGGGCAUCUACUCAAACAUACAUUACAAACGACAGCUCUACAAGCCAACGUACAUCGUGCAACGCCUCGAGUAGUCCGGCCAGUCAGUCUCAGUACACUCGGGAUCAGCGGACUGUGGGGCCACCCAGCAUUGUCCAGUUACCACACUAGUGUUUACAUUGCGCUACUUACAAGGCUUGGCUUUCACGUCAUGGCGGAAUGCUUAAUGAACAUGAUCUACAUCAAACAUCAGUGAAUGUGGAACAGUAUUUAUCAUCUGCAUAAGUCUAUUUGUUCAUUUCAGUUCCUACAUCAAAUAUUUAGAUACAUGUUUACAUUCACACUUUUUAUAUUUGAUUUUACACAAGCUUGAAGUCUCUUAAAUAUUAUGUUGAACUAGUAUUCUAACAUGUACAAUUUCUUAUAUAUUUAUUAGUCUUAUCAAAAACACUUAAAUGUAUUUUGUUUUUACUUUUGUACAUUAAAAUGCUUUUGUGAUAUGUUAUAAUUGAUUGAUACCCUGAACAAAUUACUGUGAUAAAUAAAUAUAUAAUAUUU